CUACCCGCUCGCUCUACGUUUCACGACACUUUCCUUUAGCAGCAUAUUUCCCAGAUCGGAUUAGCCGUUUAGCAGUCGACGUUACCAUGUUCUACGUUGGCGGCCCUUGGGAUGGAUGGGGCCACGGCUCCUACCCGGAAGAUGACGAUGGCUUCCCAUUUGGCUUCGAGGCCUCUCCGAUGUUUAGCCGCCCACGCUACAAGACCCGCGCGGCUGUUCCUGUGGAGGACUUGCUGUUUGAAGUCCCACAAGCCUACGCGCAUCCUGCCUACCCUGCGCCCAGGACCGCUCACCCUCCUGCUGCUCACGGCGCCGUUCCGGCAUACACCUCCGCCUACCGCUCCCAGCCUCCGCCUCCUCACCUCCCCAGCCGCCUCCGCCACCACCCCCACCAUCCUUUCACCGCAGCCGGACACCCCCAUUUCCCAACCCCACCAACCGCCUCCUCCUCUUCCUACCAUCACUACCACCCAGCCGUACAACCGUCAACACCGCCACAACCACAACCCCACCCAGCUGCAGCGUCGUCAUCAUCGUCAUUGCCGUACGGCACUCGGCCCCGCUUUGUCGUGCGAAGUGCACCAGCGCAAACCGGCACUCCAACGGCUGCUGCUGCGGAGCCCUUCUUUUCCUCCGACCUGCCGUACGACAAAGACGACGAGGAGUACAACAGCCGCUGCCCGUACCCUUAUCAUGGCCUCCACAAGGCGGAGGGUGACGUAGAUGUGGGUACCCACGCUGCCGAGGCGGCUGGGGACGAUGAGGGCGAUGAGGCCCAACAGCCCCCACAGCAGCAUCAGCAACAGCAACAGCGGCGCCGUUCUCCUGAUCACCACACCCCUGCUCCUCCUCCUGCGCAGCCCGUGUGGCUGUACGACCCUCUCACCGGCAUCUGCUUCAAAGCCGCCGUCGCCGAACCCCACUCCGCCUCCGCCACCUCCGCCACCUCCACCUCCGCUGCCUCCACCGCCGCCCGCCAACCCACUCUCCGCAGCAACAAUAACGCCCAGAAACCGACCAGCCAGCAGCAGAAGCAGCCGGCAGCGGUGACGUCGGCAUCUGGCGCGGCUCGUGUCGGCGGCGGCGGCGGUGACGUCGCUGCCCCCAGCGGCGGCGGCGGCAGAUGCCCCACUCGCAUCCAGGUACGGAUGGCUCAAGACGCGCCAAGCGACAACCCGCCCCAUCAGGGCACCGCCACCGCCACCUCUGCCGCCUCUGCACCCACCAGGAGAACCAGCAAGCCCGCCUCCGCCGCCUCCACCGCCGCCGCCGCCCCAGCUACCUCCGCCACUACCUUAGCUAGCGGAGGCGGAAGCUGCCCCCCCCUAGAUCGGCAGGGCAGUACGGCAAUCGUAACCCGACCUGCCAUGGAGGUAGCGCUGUCCCGCGGACCGAGUGCCGUACUGCCCUCGGCUGCUGCCGCUGCCGCUGCCCCGGGCAGCGCAACUACCGGUACGACAGCUCCUCCAGCCUCCGCCGCUACGGCGGCUGCGGCUGCGGCUGCUAAGCCGCCACCGUCGGCAGGCAAGUCCGACUCCAC